UUACGGUUUGCCCUGCAUGCAGUGAGGAAACCCAGGGACACAUAAUGCACCCGGAAGGUACCUUCAUAAAAAUCAAGCAGGCCUGCAAAACUUGUGGAUAUGAGCGUUACUGGCAAAAUCAAGAAAAGCUGCAUCGAAACAUGCCUGCCUGCAACCUUUUACUCAGCGGCGCCAUCCACUUCUCAGGUUGCAUGGCUACUCAGACCAUCAGGAUGCUUAAGCUGUUUGGACUGCAGUGCAUAAGUCCCGGCACUUUUUUCCGUCAUCAGCGCUAUUACACUAUCCCUACCAUCGUGGAGGCCUGGAGGAAUGAGCAGAGGGAGAUCAUCAGGGAGUUGAAGGAGAAUGGGGGUGGAUUGAUCCUGUCUGGUGACUGCAGAUCAGAUUCUCCUGGACACUGUGCCAAAUAUGGUAGUUAUUCUUUGAUUGAGGACCGAAUUAACAAAGUUUUGGAUGUUCAACUUGUCCAAAGCUCAGAAGUCCCAAGCAGCUCUUGGUGUGAGCUAGAAGGUCUAAAGCGGAGUAUUCAGUUUCUGAUGGACCAAGAAAUGCAAGUGUCUACUCUAAUAACAGACCGAAAUCGACAGGUGGCCAAGUGGGUACGGGAGGAACUGUGUUCAAAAGGAACACGACAUUUCUUUGACAUCUGGCAUAUUGGGAAAAGCGUACAGAAAGCACUGGAUGCUGCUGCCAAAGAGAGGGACUGUGAAGAUCUGAAGCUGUGGAGGCCAGCUGUUAUAAACCAUCUGUACUGGACCGCAGCUUCCACCCCUACAGGAGAUCCAGAUGAGAUGCAGGCGAAAUGGCAGAGCAUGAUCAACCAUAUACAGGAUAUACACCAACACAGCACUCCUGAAUUCCCCAGUUGCGCACAUCCACCGUUGGAAGGAGAGGCGAGAGACAAGGCGUGGCUGGAACCAGGAUCACCAGCAGCCAUUAAACUGGAGAGUGUAGCUGCCAGGAAAGCACUGGUGAAAGAUGUAAGACAGUUAUCCCCUCAGCACCAGACAUUCUCCCUAGAGGCCUACCAUUCCCUCAUUCUACACUUCGCUCCCAAACACACGGGAUUCUCUUUUCUUGGGAUGUACAGCAGACUUCUCUUGGCAGCCCUACAUUUUAAUUGUAACGGAAACAGAGAUGUAGCUCGAACCAGUGAGGGUGAGGCACGCUACGCCGUUCGCUACCCGCGGUUUAGGAAAGGUGGCUGGGUAGUCCGCCCAAUCAAAGAGAAACCAUCGUACGGAUACGCAGCAAAUCUUAUGGUGGCCUUAGUAGAGGAAUACUCUAGAUCACCACAGGCCCUGCAAGAAAGAAGUGCUGUCUUGUCUUCUGCUGCCCCGCCCCCCCUCACCACUUCCCUUCAGAAGGUUGCCAAGGAUGAGGCAGUCAGCCUCCAUCUCGCACGACACUCACGAUUUGCAACGAACAUGCAAUAAAAGAUCAGUUUUACCAACA